CCACUGUGUGGAAGCUGCCGGAUUGUACGAGCCGAAGAAGAAACCCACCCUUUCUCCUGUGUCCACCCUAAAACGCAGACAUCAUGGCGUCCCUGUCAAUGGCCCCCGUCAGCAUCUUCAAACAUGGAGCCGAUGAAGAAAAAGCUGAAACUGCUCGUCUGUCGUCUUUUGUGGGCGCCAUCGCCAUUGGAGACUUGGUGAAAAGCACCCUGGGCCCCAAGGGCAUGGACAAGAUCCUGCUGGGUGGCGGCAAAAGCGGCGUAGUGACGGUGACCAACGACGGCGCCACCAUCCUGAAGGCCAUCGGCGUCGACAACCCUGCUGCAAAAGUUCUGGUUGACAUGUCAAAGGUUCAAGACGACGAAGUCGGUGACGGAACCACGUCCGUCACUGUUCUGGCGGCCGAGCUUCUGCGGGAGGCGGAGCUUCUGAUCGCCAAGAAGAUCCACCCGCAGACCAUCAUCUCGGGCUGGAGGAAGUCCACGCAGGCGGCCAGAGAUGCGCUGAGGGAGGCGGCCGUGGAUCACAGCAAUGACCCGGCCCGCUUCCAGGAGGACCUCCUGAACAUUGCGCGCACCACGCUGUCCUCCAAGCUGCUGACCCACCACAAGGAUUACUUUUCCCAGCUGGCCGUGGCCGCCGUCAUGAGGCUGAAGGGCUCGGGCAACCUGGAGGCCAUCCACGUCAUCAAGAAGCUCGGCGGCAGCCUCACCGAUUCCUACCUGGACGAAGGCUUCCUGCUGGACAAGAAGAUCGGCGUGAACCAACCCAAGAGGCUGGAAAACGCCAACAUCCUCAUCGCCAACACGGGCAUGGACACGGACAAGAUCAAGAUCUUCGGCUCGAGGGUGCGCGUGGACUCCAUGGCCAAGGUGGCCGAGAUCGAGCUGGCCGAAAAGGAGAAGAUGAAGGAGAAGGUUGAGCGCAUCCUCAAGCACGGCAUCAACUGCUUCAUCAACAGGCAGCUGAUCUACAACUACCCGGAGCAGCUCUUCGCUCAGGCUGGCGUCAUGGCCAUCGAACACGCCGACUUUGCCGGCGUGGAGCGCCUGGCCCUCGUCACCGGCGGCGAGAUCACGUCCACGUUCGAGCAUCCCGAGCUGGUGCAGCUGGGCCGCUGCAAGCUCAUCGAGGAGGUGAUGAUUGGCGAGGAUAUGCUCAUCCACUUCUCCGGCGUCGCCAUGGGUGAAGCGUGCACCAUCGUGCUGCGAGGAGCCACUCAGCAGAUUCUGGAUGAGGCGGAACGCUCGCUGCACGAUGCGCUGUGCGUCCUGGCGCAGACCGUCAAGGAGCCGCACACCGUCUAUGGAGGAGGCUGCUCGGAGAUGCUGAUGGCCAAAGUGGUGAGCGAUUUGGCCAACAAGACACCAGGGAAGGAGGCGGUGGCCAUGGAGUCCUUCGCCAAGGCUUUGACGAUGCUGCCCACCAUCAUCGCAGACAACGCCGGCUACGACAGCGCCGACCUGGUGGCUCAACUGCGUGCGGCGCACCAGGAGAAAAAGAUCACCUGCGGUUUGAACAUGGCGGCGGGCACGGUGGGCGACAUGGCAGAGCUGGGCAUCACAGAGUCGUUCCAGGUGAAGCGGCAGGUGCUGCUGAGCGCCUCCGAGGCGGCCGAGAUGAUCCUCCGAGUGGACAACAUCAUUAAAGCGGCGCCCAGGAAGAGAGUUCCGGACCACCAUCCUUGUUAGAGGAAGAGGACGAUGAAGAUGGAUCCCAUCCUCUCUAUUUAUCUGUGUAGUUGAAAAGAGAAAUGCUCUUCUUCUUCUCAUGUGGAAGCACUGUCGCGCUUGAGCGGCUAACGCUAGCUGCUUGCGAGGCUAACUUUAGCCGCUAGUGCUCGCGUUAGCCACUCAGCAGCAACCUGUCUUUUGGAAUGUUUUUUGUUUUGUUGACAGAAAUAAAAAAAAAAGGUUUGAUUGAA